AGGAGUAUCAUUCAACGUAGCUCAACAUCACAUCCAUUUCCUAAUCUACAAUUGGCUGCAAAUUCUAACCCUUACCUACUUGUCCGUCUAACCACAAAAACAUACGACUGUUCUCCAGACAAUGAACUCCACUGAAAGCUUCCGUGGAAACCCACUCAACAAGAUCAUUGGCUUAUCAAUAGUAUUAUCUAUGGGGUUUUUACUUGUGGUUCUAGCGGGAAUAUAUGGCAAUUGGUAUCCCAUAAUCAACGGGAUAAUAUGUGCUAUUGCACACUUGCCGGUGGCCAUCACAAAGGCGUUGACCAGUUCCAACGACUAUGACUUUAAUUUCGAUCCCGUCACUUCAUCACAGGGUAACUUUCUUAAGGAAGCUGGCCAGUUUGUUUCGGCAUUUUUGGUGGUUUCAGGGGUGUUUUUGCCGGUGUUGUUACACCACUCCAUGAUAUUAACCAAAACUGCCAUGGUGUUGACGAUUGUUGGAGGUGGUCUUAUCUACGGAACCGUCUACACGUUCAGUACGUACUUUGAUGAGCCUGAAGAGGACCAAUUGGGUGAGGAUGUCAUCUGAGGAUGUUCCUCUUCUAGGCAUCAUCGGGAAAUAAUUACAUAUUAGUAUAUAGGUUCUAUACAUGUAUGCUCACUCGCAGCCUGCCUCA